AGGAGAAAAAGCGAGAAGAAACACGAAAAGAGAAUAUAAGAAAAAAAAAAGAUAAUAACGACAAGAGAAAGAGAAGAGAGAAAAAAAGGAGAAAGGAUCGACAGUAACGAGAGUCCUUCCCUCCUGCUCCUCAUGUCACAUUCCUCCUCCUCCUCCACCACCACCUCCUCAAUGAACAUGUCCCCCGUUCGAGAAAUUGGUUCUGCAAGAUAUUGUCCUCACUCACCUGAAGGCAGGUACAUUUUCGCAACCCUUUAGUGGGCAUUUUGCAAUCCGGAGUGCGGCAAUCUAUCUUUGCAAAGCAUCUUUACACCUUCCUUCUCCGAUACUGUGCUCGUUGUUCUUAUGGGUGUUUAGACACAUGGGUUCAAACUCCUGUUCGAAUCUAUGAGAGAUUAAGUGAAGCUUCGAAUCUCUGAGAGGGACAGUUAAGCUUCGAAUCUACGAGACGGACAGUGAUGCUUUGAAUCUCUGAGAGAGACAGUGAAGCUUCGAAUUAUUGUGACGUACAGUGAAGAUUUAAUCUCUGAGAGGGACAUGAAGCUUCGAAUUUUUGAGAGGGACAAUGAAGGUUCGAAUCUCUGAGAAGGACACUGAAGCUUCGAAUCUUUGAGAGGUCGCUCUAGGUGUGUUGUGAAACUUUUCGAACCGUAAGAACAGAUUCGUAAGGAUGAGAUAUAGAAAAUAGAGUAAAUACAAAGCUUGAAAAAAGACAUACGAAUAAGAGAUGCGAGGGAUUGGCAAAGAAACGAGAUAAGAAGGAAAGAAAAGAAAAGAAAGAAAAAGAAAACACGACUUACUACCCAAUCAACCAAACAAGAAAAAAAAAUCUCUCCAAACGACUCCUCUCCUCCCCUUCCCCCCUCCCCCCCAUUCAACGGAGGUCGUACCAGCAUCGCCUCGGGUCAUGAGCAGGUCGUUAGUCGUGCGCGUCGCCUUCGUCGUUGUGGUCGUCCUCGUCGCCUUCCUCCGUCUCGCCAGCGCCGACCCCGAGCCGGAACCCGACCCGGAUCCAGAACCCAACCCGGAACCGCAACAAGAAGGAGAAUUCGACUGGUCCUCCUGGUGGAGCUACGACGGGAUAUCAGGGCCUGGCUUCUGGGGCAUCAUCAACCGGCGCUGGAGGCUCUGCAGCGACGGCAAGAGACAGUCUCCGGUCGACCUCGCGACGGCGGCCGUGGUCUUCGAUCAUACGCUCGGCCGCCUGGAGUUCGCUUCCCAUAAGGUCGACGGGACGCUCACCAACACCGGCUUUGGACUUCGAUGGACUGUGGGCGCGGACCAGGUGUGGCAGGUCACGGGCGGCCCGCUACACUACGCCCACACCCUCACCUACGCGAUCGUCCGCUGGUCUAACACGGCCAAGGCGACGCACACCCUGGGUUCGGAGCACAGUAUUCAGGGCCAGUUCUUCCCGGCGGAGAUUCAACUUCACUUCUACAACAGCGACUUGUACAGUAACUUCACCCACGCAAUUAACAAGCCCAACGGAAUCCUCGGGGUCUCCCUGCUUUUAAAGGUUGGCUGGCGACCCAACCCCGUUUUAAAGAUCUGGAUGGACCACAUACACAUGGUGCCACAUAGAGAGCUGUACGGGAAACAACAGAAGUGUUCUCUAUCAAGCUCUAGACAUGGGGGAAACGUGACGGGAGUAGACGUUGUUAUCUCCCCCCUCCCACCCUUUUCCCAAAAGAGGGCCGCCCACAGCUUCCAUCGCCGCCCACGCUUGACAGCCGGCCGCCCAUUAGCCACUGCCAAAAAGAGUCCGAACAUUUGUCUUCUUACAUCUAAGGAUUCGGACGAGUUAAGCCUUUCAAGAUGCGGCGGCUGUCUCGCGUCUCAGAGCUAGCUAGCGUAGGAUAUUCAUCCUCCUCCCUUCCCUCCUUCUAUCCCCUCCUUUUCUCCCCUCUUCCAUUCUCCUCCCUUCUCUUUGCCUCCCCUUUCUGCCUUUUUUUUCGUCUCCUCUCUCCUCUCCACUUCUCUUUUCGGUCUUUCUCUUCUUCCCCUUCUUUCUUCUAGCUUUCUGUCCUUCCUUCUUCUCUCACAGCCUCCCAUCUCUCUCUCGUUCAACUCAACUUCAACUCUUCCCCACCUGUUCCUAC